AUGGCUACUGUUUCAAGAGCUGAAAAUAUUUCUACUUCUUUUACACGUAGCAAGCAUGAUUCCUCUGCAGAUCAAAUUGAACUUAUCAAGGAGAAAUACGCGGAUCCUAUUGGAAUUAUGACAAUCAGUAGCGGAGCGCCAGUCUCUCACAGCGACGCAACAAACUCGUUGAAUUCCAUACUAACGAAUAACGAUUAUUUUAUAGAUAGUUUAACUCACUUUAACCGGGAAAGAAUUCCAGAAAGAGUGGUUCACGCCAAGGGCGGGGGAGCUUUUGGUUAUUUUGAAGUCACUCACGAUAUAAGCUAUAUUUGUAAAGCUGAAAUGUUCAGCAAAAUAGGAAGGAAAACUCCAGUUUCACUUCGUUUUUCGUCCUUAAUACCCGAAAAAGGAGGUAGUGAUGUAUCAAGAGAUGCUCGAGGUUUCGCAGUUAAAUUCUACACAAAGGACGGGAAUUUUGAUAUAGUAGGAUUAAAUAUUCCAAUAUUUGUUCUAAAAGAUCCGCUUAAAUUCCCUAACUUUGUUCACGCGGCAAAGCAAAAUCCGUCAACCAAUCUCAGAGAUUACAAAACUUUUUGGGACUUUACGACAUUAAACCCUGAGAGUUUUUUUCAUCUUCUAUUUCAAUUCGGAGAUCGUGGGAUUCCUGCUAGUUAUGUGAAUAUGCCUGGCUUUAGUAUUCAUACUUAUCAGGUUGAAAACGAACAUGGAGAAAAACAUUUUGUUAGGUUUCAUUUCAUACCUGAUGCUGGAAUAAAAAAUUUAACGACAGAGGAAGCGUCAAGAAUCGCAGCUGAAGAUCUUGAUUAUUUUAAUAGAAUUUUAUAUAGAGAUAUUGCAAAUCGUGAGUUCCCUAGCUGGACAGUCAGCAUUCAGGUAUUAACAUUGAAGGAUGUUAAAAAAUCUCGGUACGACGUGUUUGACGUCACAAGAUUAAUUUCUUUGAAAAAACAUCCUUUAAAAGAAGUGGGUAAACUAAUACUAGAUAAGAAUCCUAAAAAUUACUUUGCCGAAAUAGAACAAUUGGCUUUUUGUCCCGGAAAUCUGGUUCCUGGUAUCCUCGGAGAUCCAAGUCAGCUAUUUGAAGCACGUCGUUUCUUAUAUAGAGAUGCUCAGUAUUACCGUUUGGGUGCAAACUUUAAUAAAAUAUCUAUAAACUGUCCUUAUCGUACAAAAACACUAACAUAUAAUAGAGAUGGAACUCCUCCAGUCAAAGACAACGAAGAAGAUAUUCCAAAUUACUAUCCAAACUCGUUUAAUGGUCCAGUUCCGUAUACGAACACACAUAAGUCACAAUUAAUUAGCAUAAUUGAAAACCCAGAACCAAAUAAUUUCGAGCAAGCAAGUGAAUUGUAUGUAAACGAAAUGACCAGUGAUGAACGAAGUCGAUUAGUGACUAAUAUAGUUUCCACUUUGAAAUUGAGUACAGUAGUAACUCAGAAAAGAGCAGUGGUCAUUUUUGAAAGAAUACACCCAGAUUUAGGUCGUCGAGUGGCACAAGGGUUGAAAGAAAAUCAUACAUUAUUAGGUUCAGUAUGA